AUGCUUGAAGUAGCGGACGGUCGAUGGCUAUUUGACAUCGCCCGUCUUAUGGCCAAACAUAAUGGCAACUUCACCGAUAACUGCAGACAAGCUGCAGAAUCACUUGUUUUAAAGACAAAAGAUUACAAUCGGGCUGUUGAGCAAGGAGUACAACAGUUAUUACAACUCAACGAUCUUAGUGAUCAUGCCAGGCUACGAGAGGCAGCAAUAGCAAUUCAGGGGGCGCUGAUUCACACCCCUCCCAACGCUACGGAUGCGAGCAAGGAAUGGUCAAUUGGAAGCGUAGCUGUCAAGUUACGGACCUGGGCCAGUUCUGCACUUCCAGCACAACCAGAAAGAUCCUCCGCCAAACGGGGAACUGCGUUCCAAGCUGAUACCAAAAGGAGUAAUCAGAACGGAACUGCAAGCCAAUCCCGAUCAGAUCGAAAAAGGACGCGAUCAGACAACCAGCAAGAUCGCAACAAGAGACAAGAAAUAGGCUGUGAAGCUUGUGGCCAGCCGCGACGUGAUCUUAGUUCGUGUUGGCUAGCUAUCCCAGAAAUUCGGCCUAAAGGAGUACCUGCGAAUCACCGCCUAGAAGGGCUGGUGAGGAAAGUUUUGGCUGCUGAUCCGGAACUAAAAGCUGAAGUAGCAAAACUUCGAAAAGCAGCGGAGAAAGACCAGGAACAGCAAGAUCAGAACAAGAAAGAAGUCUCAUUCCAGUGA